CGGAACACUCUUAAGUCUUUCAUGACCUCAACAUAAACAAGACAAGACGCUUUUGUCUCUUUAUCUAAAAUCUACGAAGAAGAACCAAAAGGAGGAAAAAUUGAAUAUUCUUAUAAAUCUUGCAUAUAUAAGAAGAAGACUCGAAAAGAAAAAUAUCAAAUGGAGAGUCUCUCACACAUUCCUCCCGGCUAUCGAUUCCAUCCGACCGAUGAAGAACUCGUAGACUAUUAUCUUAAGAAUAAAGUUGCAUUCCCUGAAAUACAAGUUGAUGUUAUCAAAGAUGUUGAUCUCUACAAAAUCGAGCCAUGGGACAUCCAAGAGUUAUGUGGAAGAGGGGCAGGAGAAAAGAGGGAAUGGUAUUUCUUUAGCUACAAGGACAAGAAGUAUCCAACAGGGACACGGACAAAUAGAGCAACAGGCUCGGGAUUUUGGAAAGCAACAGGUCGAGACAAGGCCAUAUACUCGAAGCAAGAGCUUGUAGGAAUGAGGAAAACUCUUGUGUUUUACAAAGGCCGUGCCCCAAAUGGUCAAAAGUCCGAUUGGAUAAUGCAUGAAUAUCGACUUGAGACCGAUGAAAAUGGACCACCUCAUGAGGAAGGAUGGGUAGUUUGUCGCGCUUUCAAGAAGAAACUAACAACUAUAAAUAACAACAAUCCAAGAACAAUGAUGGGAUCAUCAUCAAGGCAAGACUCUAAUUGGUUCAGACAGCAAAUGGAAGUCGCUAAUGGUAAUUACUACCAUCUUCCUGAUCUUGAGGGUCCAAUAAUGUUUCAAGGCUCAUCAUCAUCAUCAUUACAUGAUAAUGAUAAUGACCAUUAUGGUGUUGUAUUAAGCAAUAUCAACGCAGCACCAAGCACAUUAAUGCAACGACAUGAUGAAGGUGAUCAUGGUCAUAUUAUUACUAAUGAUGAUGCUCAUAUGACCAUGAUGAACACAAAUACUGAUCAUCAUCAUCAUCAUCAUCAUCAACCAGAACUACUACUCAAUGAUGACCAUAAUGAUCAACUGAUGGACUGGCAAACUCUUGACAAGCUUGUUGCUUCUCAGCUAAUCUUGAGCCAAGAAGAGGAAGAAGUUAAGCAAGAUCCUCCAUCUAAUAAUGUUUCGAAUGAAACAUAUAAUCAUCUCUCUGAAGAGAAACCAUCUUUCUCUUGGGCUCAAAAUACACACACGUAAACACAUGUGCGUAAAUCGGAAGGCAUAUAUGAUAUAUAUAAUUAAUUAAUUAAUUGAGGGUCAUCUUGCUUAUUGAUUAUA